GAUUACGUCACCUGGUCAUUAACAUCCCUAUCUCACAUCGUACGUAUAUUUCUUCUUUUCCAUUAAUUCAAGAUGUCGAAGAGAGGACGUGGUGGUUCGGCUGGAGCCAAAUUCAGGAUAUCCUUGGGUUUACCGGUUGGUGCGGUUAUCAAUUGCGCCGAUAAUACUGGUGCCAAGAACUUGUAUGUCAUUGCAGUACAAGGAAUCAAGGGCCGGUUGAACCGUCUGCCAGCAGCCGGAUCCGGUGAUAUGAUCGUAGCCACUGUGAAAAAGGGAAAGCCUGAACUUAGAAAAAAGGUGAUGCCUGCAGUGGUCAUACGACAACGGAAACCAUUUCGCAGGAAGGAUGGAACAUUUAUAUACUUUGAGGACAAUGCUGGUGUGAUUGUCAAUAAUAAGGGUGAAAUGAAAGGAUCAGCUAUCACGGGACCUGUCGCGAAAGAAUGUGCAGAUUUGUGGCCAAGGAUCGCCUCCAAUGCCAGCAGUAUUGCAUAAUUCAUUCUGUACAGAAUCUUGUGUGUCCUUUACUAAAAAAUAAAUCUAAAAAUAAAACCCA